UGUUAUCGAGAGAAGAAAGGGACAAAACAAAAGCGUUUGGAAUGUUUAUUGUACUGUAUUUAGAAUUGGUUCACCAGCUGCACUUGUGGCAGGAAAACCUGGAUUGAGACUAUGAACAAACUUGGCUAUAAACUGAAAAAAAAAUUCAUAUUAUUUAGAACAACAGGUAAAUGGCAGUCAAGUGUAAUCACAGUUGAAGCUUCAUGAUCUUAACAAUGAAGUAUGGCAAAAAAAAUGUGUGUGAGUUGUAAGUGAUAGUGCACUGGCAUUGAAAUAUUGAAUAUACAGUAAUGUACCGUACAUGAAAAUAAGUAGCAUUAAAUAUUUUUCAGUCAUAAGUUGGAAAAUAUGACUAGAGUGUGGAAGAGUUACCCCAGCCAGCUGCAGCACAAACAAUCUUUGUGGCAGGAGACUGUCAGAAUUUGGAAACUGUGUCUCAUUAGUACCUACAGAUUUUUAGCCUAAGGUGCUUGUACAUUGUGGCCACCAACUGUAAGUGCUCGUCCUACUCCUCUUCCUUCUCCUCAUCCUUAUCCUCUUCCUCCCCAUCCUCUUGUGGUUCUUUAUCUUCUUCUUCCACUCCAUCCACCUCCUCCCAUUCCUCAUCCUAUUCCUCUUGCCUCUUUUCCUCAAAGUCUUCUCCACCUUUUUCUUCCUCCUCAUCCUGGGCCCCACCACGCUGCACCAUUACAGCUCAACAAAUGUUCGAUUGGGAGGAAGGGGAUCGUUUCUCCUUUGAGGACUCGGAGCGAUUUGAAGAGGACUCACUAUGUAGCUGGAUCAGCGAGCCCGAGUCCCUCUGCAACAACUGGAGGGGGUGGAAGCGUUCUGAAAAAAUUGCUUCCCUCCUUUAUGGCCGUACUAGAGCUCAAGAUGGCGGAGUACAUUCACUCACUGAGAUGUGUGCACGCACAGUGGCGGCACAUAUCCCCUUUGAAGUGGUGGAACAGAUGAUGCCACCUGUCCCAGAACAAUUACAGCUUCUCAUUGCAUUUUGGAGUUUCCCUGAAAAUGAAGAAGAUAUUCGGCUUUACAGCUGCUUGGCAAAUGGAAAUGCCGAUGAAUUUCUUCGUGGAGACAAUCAUUACAAGCACAAAAGUGUUCAUGAUCCCUUACAGAUUGGAUUUCAUCUCAGUGCAACUGUAGUAGUAUCAUCAUCUGGUACAAAAGGACAGUUCAAUGUGGCGGUUACAUUUGACCGGGGCAGGAUCACCACCUGCAAUUGUACCUGUUCAGCAAAUGCCUCUUGGUGUUCCCAUGUGGUGGCUGUAUGCCUUCACAGGAUACACCAGCCAAGUCAGGUUAAACUCCGUGCCCCAGUCAGUGAGUCGUUGUCACGGCUACAGAGAGAUCAACUGCAAAAGUUUGCUCAGUACCUUAUCAGUGAAUUGCCACAGCAGAUUUUACCUACAGCACAACGGCUCAUUGAUGAAAUUCUCUCUAGUCAAACAUCUGACAUCAACACUGUUUCAGGAGCACCAGAUCCAACUGCAGGAGGUUCUGCCAAUGAGCAGAUGGCAUGGUGGUUAGAUGAGAGCAAUUUACAUGAUAACAUUCACAAGAUCUUGGUUAAAUUUUGUGUACCAUCACCAAUUGUGUUCAGUGAUGUCAACUACCUUAGUUCCACUGCCCCUCCUGUUGCGGCAGAAUGGGCAUCGUUGUUGAGACCGCUACGAGGAAGGGAACCCGAGGGAAUGUGGAACUUGCUAUCCAUUGUUCGUGAAAUGUUCAAAAGGAAUGAUCGGAAUUCCAUUCCUUUGCUAGAAAUAAUCACUGAAGAAUGCUUGGCCACAGAGAAGAUCUUGGUGUGGUGGGUAAAUACAAAGGUAGCACUGCACUUGGGCAGCUCUGGCCAUGGUGGUAAAAACAACAUGAACUCCAAUAGCCAUGGUAGUCAAUAUGCCUGCUCUUCCCUCUGUGAUGAGAUCGUUGUCUUAUGGCGCCUAGCAGCUCUCAACCCAGCACUCUCACCACAGGAGCGAGAACAACUCAUAGUACAGUUUAAAGGAUGGCAUCUUAAGGUCUUGGAGAAAGUUGCCAAAAGCAAAGAGGCAGGCAGUAGCAGUGGUAGUGGGAGCAACAAGCGAGUUACAGAUGGAGAUGUCUUUCCAGGCUUUAAACCAGCAUUAGAAGCAUGUCAACUGGAUUGGAGUGACUAUUCCCUUCCAGGCGUCACAUAUUCUCGCACAGCUUCUCGUUACUACUGCCCUGUCAUGUGUUUCAGACAUGAUUCGAGACAUGAGUCUCAAACAGCACCCAUCUCUGCCCCACAUCCUAGAAAUCCAACAUCACAUGCAGGACCAAAGCGUCCUUCAGAACGCCGUGUGUUAAUUAGUCCCGGUAAUCCCGGUGAUCUUGAGAACCUACCAGGUGGUGUGCCACUUGCUGGUCACAGACAUAGUGGCCAUCGUAGUAGUAGUGUUAGUAGUGAAGGAUUUUGCGACAAUGAUGUGGGUCGUGAUAGUGACUCUCCACCCGAUCAGCGAUCCCCAGAGCAAGUUGAUUCAGGUCAGGUUUCUCGCCAAAGUUCCAGAGAAGAACGACCAAUGGCUGCACUUGGAUUAGUAGCUGCAGUUAGUCACUCCAGAGAUGAGCGUGACAAAUCUUCUCCAGACGAUGGGGGAGUUGAGUCUGACUGGUCAGGGGUGGCUGAACCAACUAGACACCAGAGAAGUCGAGGGGGUAACAGAGGGCAGCGGUCAAGAGAUUUGCACGGAGCAGAUGAAUAUGAAGUAUAUAUAUACAAUGCUAACUUGGUUGGAGAUGGAAGUAGUGGCGGAGAUGGUGGAGUUUGCAGUAGAGGAGCAGAAAUUUUCAGUAAUCUUAAAAAAUUGGAUGAUCCCCUUGAGAUCUUGUUUUCCCGUGCUGAAGGACUCCACGCACAUGGACAUCUCCAGGAGGCCUCAGAACUUGCAGUACAGUUGUCCCAUGAGCUGCUGGCCAAUCCUCCAAAUUUAAUGAUAGACAUUCCACCACCUCCAAGUAAAGGAAAGCGUAAGAAGGUGAACCCUGCAUCUCACCACUUAACUUGUUUAGCCUCGGCUACCCUGGGAAAAUGUGCCUUCCUCUGUACUGUGUUAGCAGAAAAUCCUGAACACACCCAUUUAGCUUUCCAGGUAGCUAUGUUUGGCCUGGAAAUGGCACGGCCUCCUGCAUCCACUAAGCCUCUGGAGGUAAAGUUGGCAAACCAGGAGAGUGAUCUAGUGGCACUCCUUAAACGCCUACCCCUGGGGCCACUAGAAUUGGCUGUGAUCCGUGAUAAGGCUGAGAAGAUGAGAUCAGGUAUGCUCAAGACCCGAGGAGAAGCUCUCUUACCACUCAUGUUGGCAUCCUUCCUCUUUGAUGCCCUUGUUAUUGCUGGAACAACUAAGAAUUCUGUGGGAGGUCAGACUUGCCGGCAGCCACAAGAUGAAACACUUGGUUUUGAUGCUGCGGUUGCUGCAAUUGGCAUGAAAGCCAAUGUGUGUGAGGCUGACCAUCCAUUGCUCUGUGAAGCUACCAGAAGACAGAGAGGAGAACUGGCACUCACACUCUUGACUCACUACAAGGAUGACCAGGACAGAUUGGCUCGCAUUAUGGACAAACUUUUGGAUAAGGAAGUCCAUCAAAUGUAUAAAGCUCCCUCUUUGCCUACAUAUUAUGUCAAUAAUGCACCCUGUCAGACCAGUAGUAGUGGAAUUGACGGAGAAUCUAGCAACAAUAUACGAGUUGCAGAUUCCCCUGGUGGGAACACGGUUACUGGUGGUCCCAUUGCAAAUGUGGCAUCGUUGCCUCCAAUGCAGGGAGUGAAUAUGGGAGUGCCACCCACUGGCCGCCCAAAUCAGUCAGCGAGCUCGAUGCAUCAGCAACCCUCACAACAGUCUUUACAGAGACAACUUUCUUCAGGAACAUCUGGAGGCGAUGUAGAAGGGUCCAUGGUUCGUCUCAGCCUCUCCCCGUCCCAACCCAUAGGUGGGGCACGACCCAAGAAUGGCCCUUCUUCUUCUAGGUUCCCGGAGGGGGAGGAGGGUGAAAGCCCUAGCUGGGAGGAUGAUUAUAAAGCUUGGGAAGAGAAGUGCGCUGUGGGUAAACAAAGAAAAAAGCGGGCCCCGGCAUGUACCUUAGAAACUACCUCAUCUGGUGUGGAAGAUAAUUGCCCUACACCUGGACGAUGCAUAGCCUGGAUCAAGUCAACGGGACCUGGCUCAGACUCUGGCUCAUCUGGCAAUUCCUCUGAUAGUAUAGGUUCAUUUUCUAGUGGCGACAAGAUCACCAGCAUUGAAGCAAACAAACCAGUUGAAUCUCCACCUCUUGGAUUUUCAUUGGUGCGACCAGUCCCACAACCAACUCCAGAAAGCACAACAACACAGCCUAGACCUCAGCCAGCUUAUGGGAAGGGUGUUCGGUUUAAGGGUAAACGAGCAUACCCAACAGUUCCCAACCAGCCAUCAGAGGCUAGUGCAUAUUUCAUGUUUGAGUUGGCUAAGACAGUGUUAAAUAGAGCUGGAGGAAAUAGCAGCACAUCAUUAUUUACACAGGCCAGCAGUUCUCAAAACCACAGAGGUCCUCAUCGACCACUGCACAUGUGUGCAUUUCAAAUUGGUCUUUAUGCUCUUGGUCUUCAUAACUGUGUCAGUCCCAACUGGCUCUCAAGGACAUACUCAUCUCAUGUCUCAUGGAUAACAAGCCAAGCAGUUGAAAUUGGCUCAUCAGCAGUGUCAUUCUUGAUUGAUACAUGGGAAGGUCACUUAACUCCACAAGAAGCAGCUUCUAUUGCUGACCGUGCAUCGCGUGGCCGAGAUACUCUCACUAUACGAGCAGCUGCAAGAUUAGCACUCUCUUGUCUACCCCAUGCUCAUGCACUAAAUCCAAAUGAGAUUCAAAGGGCAAUUAUACAGUGCAAGGAGCAGAGUGAUACCAUGUUGGAAAGUGCUUGCCUUGCGGUAGAAGGUGCUGCAAAAGGUGGCGGCGUAUAUCCUGAGGUCUUGUUCUCUGUGGCACGUCGCUGGUAUGAGAUCUAUGAAACUCGAAGUCGUCACCAGGCGCGGCAUCAAGCAAGAACAGGCAGUGUCCAACAUGCCGUAGUGGACCCACCUUUUGUUGAUCCAGGUGGAGCUCAUGACCUGCCUCUCCCUCCACCACCACCAAUUAAUCCUCCAACUCCACCCAGUCAGCAGCAGCAACAGCAGCAACAACUGCCACCUAUACCACCAGUUGAACAACAGGCUCAACAAGGACUUCAUCCACCAGUUUCUGUGGGAGUGAAUGGCAGUGGUGGUGCUGGCACAAUAGUGGGAGUGGCAGGAUACCCAGUAGCAGCAACAGCACCUUCUGUCCCCUAUGGCUUGCCUGGCAUUCCGUAUCCUCUUGGUUAUAACUAUAUCCAGGGGCUAACAACAAGUGUAUCUUGCAUCAAUCCUCAAAUGCCUAUGCAGAUGUACAUCCAACCACCUGGGGUUCCAUUCAGUGGAGCACAAGGAGUAUCACAACCUCUGUUGCCUCCCCCACCCCUUCAGUACUACCCUCCUGUGUCCAUACCAUCCACACUUCCACAGAAAAAUUUGACUACAAAAAUGGUCCUCGAAUUGGCUGCCACUCACCAUUACAGCAUCAGACAGAUCCUGGAUGCCAGCUCAUGGGUUACAAAAAGUGGAUUACCAGGUAAUGGAGGAAUGUCAGCAGGCGUGCCAGGAGGUCUGCCUGCAGGCGUACCUGGGAGUCAGCAGAACCUUGGUACCCAGCCACCUCCUCCCCUUACUGCUGGCCCACCUCCUCUCUCUCAACAACCUGCUCUCCUGCCAGGCAAUACUCCACCAACACAGGGCUUCUACUCGCUACCUUACUCGGGUGCAGUUGGCAGUGGAGGAGUGUCAACAGCAGGAUUCAUGGGUGGUCCUCAGCCAGGUGCUCUGCUGUCUUGGGUCAGAGCCCAGGGUCCCCACAUCGUCCAACAUUCCCCCCACCAGGCCCAGCUGCCCCCACGGCCCACCUCACAACCACAACAACAGGUUGGUGGUAUUCAGCAAGUGAAUAACACAGGAUCUAUGCACUAUUUGCUGAGUUCUUACCGUGUUGGCAUGCUAGCAUUAGAGACUUUAGCCAGAAGAGUCCAUGAUGAUCGACCUCAGGCAAAGUAUGCCCGAAACCCACCUUAUGGGGAAGAUGUCAAGUGGCUAUUAGGAGUAGCUAAAAAGCUUGGUCAACAAUACCUGCAUCAAUUUUGUAUGUGCUCAGUUAAUAGUGUAGUGUCGCCAUUUGUGCUGCAGGAACUAGCAGUAGAGGCAGCACAUUAUUUAGCCCGCCAUUCACCUGCUCUUUUUCACCAACAAUUAAGGUCACCCAUCUUACAACCUCUUGUACAGAAGUGCCAGCAAAUGUUUCUCCAGUGCACCCACCUGAAAAUGUACUAUAUUACCCCAACUGAAUAUGAUGAAUUCAUAUCCAUCAUUCUUGCUGCUCGUUCAGCAUACCAAAUGACACCAGGUGGAAUUGUCCAGUUUAAUGAACUCUUGCAGGCUCUAAGAAGAUCAAAGUCAUGUAAGAAAGAGCUGUGGACGAGAAUCACAAAUGCACUCCAGCAAUCAGCACCAGUAUGACCUCAGUCUUGUCUAGGGUCUUCUGGAGAAACCUGGGGAAGUACAUCAUUGGUGAGACAUGGAGGCAUAUCACCAAUAUGAGCGGAUAAAGCUAUCAGCAGCAUGUAGGUGUUGUUUGGCAAUGUGAAAGUGAAAGUAAAUGUAGUGAAUAGCAACGUGUCAAUACAUUGUGUGUGGAGAAAGUCCUGAUUUAUCAAGAAAAAGGGAAUUAUCUUUAAUAGCACUUAGCUCUCUUUCCUUGAUUUAUUAUCAGAUGGAAACCUUGAUUGAGAGGGUAACAAAAGAUCUUUGAAAUCCUGGAGUUAUAUGACAGAGAAAACCUAAAUUAGAGCUGCAAAAGAAGUUUUUCAUCUUGUUAGUGUUGGAUUAAAGACCUGAAAUUCUAGACUGCUGUUUCUCAUGCAGCCUCAUGACAAAAAUCCAAAGUUGCCAGCCACUGUCAUUCAGAAGGUUUAUGUCUGUAGAUAUGGCAGAGAAUAUAUAAUUAAAAGAAGCAAUAGAUUCUUAUCAACAAUAUCAGACAUGACAACUAGUAAUUUGGCAAAGUAUCAGACUUUCUGGGAAGGAAAAAAGUGAGUCACAGAUAAUGUACUGACAGUGGUAAACUGUUCACUUGUAAGGAGUAAGUUCUCAUGCCACAGACAAGCAAAUAAAAGUUUGUGUAUUCUAGUGUCUUAAACAUCUUCCUUUUGAUUUGUAGGAAGUGUUCUAUGAAUCAGUAACCAUUGAAGGGAAAUAAUGAGGUAAAUGGAAUUAAUGAGGAAUGAUGUUCUUCGUGGUUAUGGAAGUGAACAGUCAUGCAGGCAGGCUUUUUAAUCUGCUCAAUGAAUUAUAAUUUGUAUUUGGAAGAUUGAGAAAAUAUUUUUCAGCAUAAUUGGGUGACUAUAUAUUGUAUCAAUAUAUGUAAGCACCUUAAAAUUUACAAAAAGCACUCAGUGGAAAACUUCAUCUUUGUCCAGAUAUAGUGUUUCUUACAGUAAUAAUUGUAAAGUCCUAUUAUUAUAAGCAUUUGCACUCUCGUAUCAUGGUUUAACUGGAGAUAAUUUUUUGAUGGAAAAUUUUUUAUUAUAGAUCAUGGAUAUUUCUAUAGGUAUUGUAAUAUCAUUUUUGAGCUUGAGAAUAACUUAAUUUCUAUGUAAUGUCACACGUUAGGGAAGAAAUAUCAAGUGGCAUACAAAGAUGCCAUUCGCAUAUUGCCUGUAUAUAAUAACUUUGUGUGUGUGUGUGUGCGCAUAUGUCACGUUUGGAGGCAUGUGUGAGUGUGGGUCUGGGUCUCUGUCUGUCUUUGUCGUCCUCCUCUUAAAACACCUGCCAGUCAGGGGACAGGAAAUCCUGAUCUCAUUAGAUUUCUAAAGUGUGAAUUAAAGUUCUAGUAUAUUGCAGAAGUUGGAUCAGGGCUGUAUGGCAUAGGUCAUAUAUUCCUGUAGUGUUUUGGUAAAAAAAAAUUAAUAGCUUUGAAAAAUUAGUAAGUAGUUUUAAUACUUAACUUUUUCUUUUAUACUUUAGUGUUAAAAGUGUUGACAUUUUAAAGAAAUAUUGGAAAUUUAAGUUCCAGAAACUUGUACAUUUUAGGAAAUAUUUGGUUCCCAUUUAUAUAGUUUUUAUUUUGCUCAUUGUUAAUUAUUGCACUCAAAAUAUUUAAAGUUUUUAUGAUCUCAUAUAUUGGGUAGAUUUAUUUUAUACUCUUAAUAUUGUCAGUAACUCUCUACAGGACUUCAGAGAAUUAUUUCACAACAGACCAUUAAACAAUGAUUGUUGAAUUUUGUUGUGGAGAACAGCAGAUAAAAGAUUGCAGUACAGUACAGUAUAGAUAACAAACAAAUGAGAAGAUAAUUCCUAGUACUGUACUGUAUUGCUUAAGAAAAUUUAUUCUUGCCUUUGGUUUUAUUAUUGAAUUUGGUCUAAACUAAUAUGGUAACUCUGUAGCUCUGGAAUCUUGGUUAAAGAAUUCUGAGAUUAUAUACCAGCAUUCAUAUAGUAUACUGGAGUAAUAAUGGUCUGGAAUACAAAUAUCAUUAAAAAAAUCUAGAUAAUGUGAAUUUUCAUGGAUUUACUAUCUUUUAAUUAUCUCGUAAGCGAUGGCUACUUGAUUGAGGAAUAGGAAGUCUGAAUGAAUUACGUCCCUGUAUAAUCAAGAUAUUUAAGAGCAACAAUGAGUAGAAAUUAGCAAGUAGUAUUGUUUUUUAUUGGCUCUAGGUAAGCUUUCUUACCAUCACCAGGUGUCAGUGUUUAUAAGUACAGUUAUCACUUAUUCGAUUACUUAAUUAACUAUACAGUAUUAGAAACUCAUUGUAAUAGUGUUCAAAGUUGGUUCAUGCCAAUAUAGCUAACUUUUGUCAGUUGAGGACAGACCAAAUUUAGAUUGUUAGCAGCUAGUAUCAUAUAUGGACAUUUGUAUAUAACUAAAAUUUGUAUUUACUGUAGGAUUACAAUACUAAGGAGUCAUAAAAAUAAAUCCCAACUUUCAACUAAAUGUCCAGUAAAAAACUUUGAAAACUUUUUUCUGAUGAGUUAUGAUGAGACAGUUCAUAUACAGUAUGAUGCUGGAUGACUGUACAGUACCUCACACCUGGUGCCUUCCCAGUGUUAUUUAAUGUCUGACACAUUGAAUAUAUAUAUAUGUUGUCCACUGAUAUCCUGAUUAAUUAGGUCCCGUGCUCACCAAAUUUUUCAUUAUCUCACAUCAUGGUAUCAUUACUCAGCCCUGUAUGAAAGAUUGUCAUUGUCUGAACCUUGUCUUAUCUAUUAUUGUACAUCAAAGAUGCUGUCUUUUGCACUUCGAGAUGUUUUGCAAAUUCAGAAUCUUUCCCUUCACACUACAUUCCCCAGAAUCCACAUACAUAUAUUGUGUAAAAAAUCCAAUGGCAGUUCUUUACUCCCUUAAAAAAAAAACAUAUAAAAAAAUAAAUAAAUACAAAAAAAUUGGAUGGGCUAU